AUGGCUGAGCAGAACGAACCGCAGCAGCAGAAAGGUAACACCCUCGGCGCCGCAACCAACACCGUCGGAAAAGGCGUCCAAGGCAUCACGGAUACAACGGGCAACGUAGUUGCAGCCGGUGGCAAAGGCUUGGGCGAUGCGGUGACGGGGGUUGCAUCUGGAGUUGGGGAUACCACAAAAGCCGCGGGGAAGUUUGUGGGGGAUACGACGCAAGCUGGGGGAAAGAGUGUUCAGGGGGAGAAGAAAUGA